AUGAUGUAUCGCAUAGCCCUGGAUAACAGAAAAGGACAAACAACGUAUUGUCUGCACUUCGUUAACCCGACUUUAUCGUCAUUGCCGUCGAUAGAACUUAUCGCAAUGAAAUCUCAAGUGCUCACUUUACUCCUAUUGACUAUCGGCGCCCAUCUAUUCCAAUCGACGCAUCAAUAUCGCCUUCGAAAACGUGAAUUAACUGAAUAUCAUCUAACCAGUUUCAUUGUCAGUAGUUGUUCUGCUGAUAAGAUUGACAUGUUUACCCAAACUCUUUGUGAUCAAACAUUACAAUCGGCACUUAUGGGUCAAUUCCCAGUUUUAAUGUAUUAUUGCAAGGUUAUGGGCUCUGGAAGUCGCUAUUGUGACAAUCUCAAUCGUUAUCAACUUGCAUUAGAAAAUGUUGCGACAAAGAGAUUUGCAUCUCGUCGAUUUGUACGAGCAAUUCCUGAAAACAAACGAUCAUAUCGAAAAAAACCAACGAGUCAUACCGGCACCGAUUUCGAUCAGAAUCUCUUACGAGUCUGUAUGGAAAAAACAGACGAAAGUCCAGUUAUAAUACAUCGUAUUUGCAACCAUACAUUAGACGCAAUUGAACAAGGACAAUAUCCUGAAAUAAAACAACUGUGCAAAUCUCAUCCUGGUUCCAGCUACUGCCGCGUUGUUCUCUCAUCUGCCUUACAGAAUUUUCUGCCAUCAUCAAAAGAAUUGUCAUCGUCUUUAUCAUCGUUACCUUCUCCAUAUGCACCUGAUAGCCAUCUUACGUCCGUUAAAUUCGACUCCUUGAAAAUGUCUGACGUCGACUCGAAUGUUGAUCAACAAAGGAUGAAUAAAAACACAAAUAAAUUAUCAUUAUUAUAA